CACUUCCUAGGCAUGCAGAUAGAAAGAGAAGAAGAUGGUAGUUUUCUUAUUAACCAGAGUCACAAAAUACAGGAAGUAAUUGAAACUUUUGGGCUCAAUGAUGCCAAACCAGUCAACUCGCCUAUGGAGACAAAUUAUCUUAAAGAAUUAAACAACUCAAUUAACCCCUGCAAAAUGACUCACAAUUCAGAAGAGCAAUGGGGAAGUUACUAUACAUUGCCACAGUGGCAAGGCCUGACAUAGCUACAGCAGUGGGAUUCUUAUGCAGAAAAGUAUCCCAGCCAACCCAGAUGGACUGGAACGCAGCAAAAAGGAUCAUACGCUAUUUGAAGGGAACAAUAGACUUUAAACUGAAAUUUUCAUCAACAGGGAAGAGUGGUCUGACUGGAUAUGUGGAUGCAGACUGGGCAGGUGACCCCAGUGAUCGGAAAUCCACCAGUGGACACCUGUUUCUAUUUAAAGACGGUCUGAUCAGCUGGACCACCAGAAAACAGUCCACAGUGACACUGUCCUCCACCGAAGCAGAAUACGUGGCCGCAUCACAAGCAGGGCAAGAGGUAAUCUGGUUGAGACAAUUGCUGGAAGAUCUAGAUCAGAUCCAGAAAGAGUCCACGCCAAUCUAUGAGGACAAUCAAGGAUGUAUAGCACUCGCACAGACAGAGCGGAUAAACCCGAGAACCAAACACAUAGACGUGAGAUAUCACUUCUUAAGAGACUUACAAGAGCAAGGACAGAUGGAUCUACAAUACUGUCCCACUGAGGAAAUGUUAGCAGACAUCCUUACUAAGCCUUUGCCUGCAAAGAGACAUAUGGAUCUAACAAGAAGAAUCGGUUUGUCUAAUUAAGCACUUCACAAUGAGAAGGGGUGUUGGAGACUGAACAUUGUUUCAUGCUAUGUUAUACAUUGCUUGGUUUAUUUCCCUGUGUAUU